AACAGAAUUUUAGGGAGGAAGCUUCUAGUAGUUAAUUAGCGAUAGUUUAAUUAAGCUUUCGGCUGUCUCACCCACAUACUACCUCAACUAGCUUCAGUCGUCUUAAUUGUUUUAGGAUGUUAAACAACUGGGUCAUGCAAAGUCCAUAAAAACGCACGCAACGACCAGAUCCAUCACUCAUGCAGCUACUGUCGAAAGUGUGACACACUGCUCAGAUGAUGAGUGAGAGUGUCAGUGAGACUGUGUUAAGUGUAACUUUUAAGGCUGAAAAUUCUCUUUGAAUUCCCGCCCCCUCCCUAGACGACAUACAGGAUACUAAAAAGUUAAAUAGAAACCGUAGGUAACAAACUGUUACGAACAACUGGGAGACAGCAAAUACUGUUUUCAGAGACCUAGUGGGAAAUCACUGAGUAGUGAGAUAUUGUAUCAAGCAGACGCAAUGUCGCUAUUUAGAAACGUUGUUUGGUUUGUCAAAGGAUUGAAGGAAUAUACAAGAAGUGGAUAUGAAACAGCAAGCAAAAAUUUCAAGCCUGAAGAUAUGAUGGUUGACAUUAGUCAGCGUAGUUUUAUGAUCACAGGAGGAAACAGUGGAAUUGGCAAGUCAGCUGCACUGGCUAUUGCCAAAAAAGGAGGAACUGUGCACAUUAUUUGUCGGAACCGACAGAGAGGAGAAGCUGCAGUCACUGAGAUCAAGACAGCCUCAGGUAAUGAGAAAAUUCACCUUCAUGAAUUAGACAUCUCCAGGCCAAAGGACAUUUAUGCCUUUGCCGAAUCCUUUGAGCAAAGUGGGAAACCUCUGCAUGUAUUGAUCAACAAUGCUGGAGUUCUUGUGUCUGAGAAAGUAAGGCAGCUCACUGCAGAUGGCCUAGAAGUGACAUUUGCUACUAACACUCUAGGAGUCCACAUUCUUACAUCAGCACUGAUCCCUGUACUGCUGAGAAAUGAAGACCCAAGAGUGAUCAUCGUAACAUCUGGAGGAAUGCUGGUACAAAAAUUGAACCUAAAAGACCUACAGUUUGAAAAAAUGCAAACGUUUGAUGGUACCAUGGCAUACGCCCAGACUAAACGUCAAGAAGUCAUUAUGACAGAGCAGUAUGCUAAAAAGUGGCCAAGUAUCCAUUUCUCUUGUACACACCCAGGGUGGGCUGAUACUCCAGGAGUGCAGUUAUCAAUUCCAGACUUUUAUCACAAAAUGAAGGACAGACUGCGGACUUCAGAACAAGGGGCAGACACUAUAGUUUGGCUUGCUGUAGCAUCGUGUGUCAAAGAACUUCCUUCUGGACUAUUUUUUCAAGAUCGCAAACCAGUCUCCACUCAUCUGCCUCUGGCAUGGACAAAGUCAACACCUGAAGAGUGUGAGGAGUUAUUAAAGAUCUUGGAUGACAUGUCUCAGAGUUUGCCUUCUGCUUAAACUUGGUGAACUCUCAAACACAGCUGGCCCUGGUUUGUUCACUGCUAUGCUCCGGAGAAGUGGAAUGGAGGGAACUUCAGAGUCUCACUGUGAUUAUUUGAUGACAAUGCUGUGAAUGGUCUGGAGAUCCAAAAACAUCAAAGUAAAGAUUUUCUAGCUGCCUUUUUGUUCCUUCCACUUCUGGAUUCUUAUUUGCAGCACUAUAUGCUCAAGGGAUGUAUGAAAUGUUGUGCAUAUACUUGUUGCUUGUAACAAAAAUCAGGGAUUGAAAAAUAUGAGAAAAAUUACUUUGUUCAGGACAGCAACCUCUUUAUAUCAUUUAUUAUGUGAAUGCUUUUAUAGUGCUUGAUUCAUGCUUAAAUUUUGUUUUUUAGACAAAAUAGUGGAAAAUGGUUGGUAGGUUCACGUCAUCUGUUAAUAACAUUAUAGACAAGUAUUAAUAGUAAAAGCCUAUUUUAUUUCUUGUUGAUAGAAAUGGAGACUGUGCAUGAUCACACGAACAGUUUAGCCUAGAGGUUUAAAAAAGGCUUUGCACUGUGAUUACCAAAGGAUUACUUGUCAUCCUUCAUUAUUGGUCAUCUUAGUUCUGUUUAAAACAGCCAACCCUUUUUAUUCAAAGGAAGGGUGUAUAAUUAUUAAUAUAUAUUAAAAACCUACAUAUCAGUGUGUAUUUUUAUGCAGCAUUAUUAUGCAAUUCUAGAUGACAGCUUCUGCACAUUUUCCAGAAGGGGAAUUGUAGAUGUGAAAUACAUUAAUAGAAAAUGAGGAAGUAUUGCUGUUUUGCCUUCAAGUGAACUUCAUUGCUUGAGUAAUGAUUUUAUUAAUUUCUAGGAAUGUUUCAUUCCCAGGAGGUGUAGUUAUGAAGUGAGGGUGAGUUAUUGACUUGAGGAACUAAAGACACAUCCUGUUUCCAAGGUUAUAAAGUGGUCAGUAGCCACUUGGUUUUUACUUCAGGAGCUGUAGUUAUAAAGUGGUGGCACAAAUACCCAGGGAUAAAGAAUCAUGAAGUCAUGUCUGCAGAUGCUGGGCAUCACAUUAUAAGUGCAAAAACAAGACACUUCUCCUUGAAUUGCCCACUUUGCCUUUGGGAAAUAACUUAUUCUUGCUUAACAGCUAUCCUCCCAGCUAAAUUCUAUUUACCACCAGAGUUUAGCUAAUGGUUACUACUUGUGCUUCCAGUAAUGACUGGGUAUUGACCAUGUGCAGUUUCAUCAAUAAUGCCAUUUGCUUCUUUAUCCUGUCAGCUAGUUUUAGAGGGCAGCAAAUUACAAGCAGAGGAAGGUUUGCUUGAAUACAUCGUACAAGGGGAGGCAAGUAAAACUGAUGGUUAGCACGCUCAACAAUAGUAGGGUACCUGCUCAAAGCUGAUUUAGGGUUAUGUGACUGGAAAAAUCUCCCAGGCCGUUGAUCACCUUAUUUAUUUAAGUGAAGGGAGAUUCUGAAGGUCUGCCCUUCACAAGCUAUGGCCAUUGUAGUUCUUCCUUUAUUGUCAUGGGGUAUUUUACCUUUAUCCUCCAUGGUGUUAUCACCCAGGCUUGAAAUUUCAUGUAAAAAUGAUAAGCCCUGAGCACUACUGAGUAGUCUCAUUUAAACCCAGAUGCAGCAUUAAGAGGACUUCUUGGGGCACAUGUCAUGAAGGUUAAAGCAGUUUUGUUUUUUUGUGUGCAAGUUGGAGAACAAAAGACUUUACUGCGGCCUUACUGACUUAUUCAAGUUUUAUUGACAGUUCUGGUAAUUGUAUCAGAAUUGUAUGUGCAGUUAGUGUAUCUGUAUGAAGAAUAAUGGUGGAUUGUCAUUAUUAAUCAAUAAAUGAAUAGCAAUAUUUGCGGUUGUUAGAAAUUGGUUGUUUUUCAAGUAUCAUAAGAAAUUCAUGACUAAACUGAUUCAAAUAAAUAUAAUGAGUAUAUUCUGCAGUGAUGGAUAUCCAGGCACAACUUGCCUCAGAAUGAUUUUUAUUUUUAAUCGCUGAAAUGUGAAACAAAAUUAGGUGAUAAAGCUCAAAACUGUGAAACCUUUUCAGCUGCAAAUCAUAGAUACCUUUAUGAGAUAUUUUGGUCAUUUUGUGGUCAUUUUUUCCUUGUCUAGAGAUUCUCACUUCAUAGUUUUUUCCUACUGUGAGACAAUUGUUCAUUUUUGUGAUAUUUAGAAUAUUUUGAGCCUGAUACAAUGAAGAUAUUUUUAAUUCAUAAUUUUUGAAACAUUUUCUUGCUUGUCUAAACAUUUAAUACUUUCAUUCUUCAUAAUAAUAUAGGUUUUUGGAUUUGAUGUGAUAUGCCAUUUAAUCCAUUUUGCUGUGAUUAUAAUUUUCUUGCAUUCUAAGUCCAUAAUAGAUAUACUAACAUGAUUAAAUGCCUAAUGAUAAUUAAAAAUAUUACUCAUAUAUGGAUUGGGGAGCGGUUUAAAACUUGUGUAUCAAAAGACUAAAGGGAAAUUAUUGAACUUGAAACUUUAAGUUUCACCAUGAUCUUUUCCAAUUUUUGUGAAAAUAGAUAAGGCGUUUUUACAGAAGAAUCUGCAGUACUCUAAAAACUCCAAAUGUUUUUGCUGAAAUAUGCAAGAAUAUUUAAAUACUCUUAUACAUGUCAUAGUCUGAAUUUUUUUCUCACAUUUUAUAAAACGUUUGUACUGUUUAAAAUGUGAUUUUAUUUACCAUGAAAUUAUCCUUCUUUUUUCAUGGGGUUUAAUAUAUUCCCAAAAAUGUUCCAGGUUAAAUAUGUAAGAUUUCAAAAUAAGUAAAUAAUUCAAGUUUAUUUUUCAAAUUGAUGUAUGCAAUGACAUUUAUUGCCAACAACUUGUCAGGUCAAUAAAGAUGAAUGUUAUGUCAAGAUAUAAAAUGUAUGUGUUUAAGCCAAUUCCAGAUUAAUUUAGGGUCUUCGGGUAUAUUCCAACCCAUCAGGGGUAUUUUAACGUAAGUGUUGUGAUGUUUAUUUCAAGUAGGAUGCAGUUCUAAUGUUUAUUAAAAAAAUGCAGCACACCUUUAAUGUAAACAUAGCCUCAAACAGGUUUAAAAAUAAAAUAAAUAUACUGUUAAACAGC